AUGGGCGUGGAUUUUGAAAGUAAGGAAAGAGAGGUGAUCGAGAAAAUUAUAUUAAUAGAAAAGGAAGACAUGGUACAAGCCUCAAAGAGGAAAGGAAAAGGUGGUUGCUUGAAAAAACAACCUUGGAGAAAUUGGAGUUUAAACAAGUUGUUAAUGAAGAUAGUAUCUUGGAAUAUUGGAGGUUUGUGGAGGAUUGAGAAGAGAAAGAGAGUGAAAGAGUUCUUAAUGCAUAAAAAGGUUUACAUGGUCAUGUUUCAAGAAACCAAAAGAUCAGGAAUUUUAGAGCAUUUUGUCAAAUCUCUGUGGCCUAAUGAUAUGGUUGGCUUCAUGACAGUGGAUGCAGAUGAUAAUGUAGAAGCAACAAAAAUUGUAUCACCCUUUCAAGAGUAUGAGAAGGAAGUUAUGGAAAACUUUGGGCAAUUUAAAAUCCAAGUUCCCCAAGCCCAGUGCAUUGGGGGAGAUUUUAACGAAGUUAGAACAAUAGCUAAAAGGAAAGGAUGUACUAAGAGAGAUGGUGGGAUGAAUGAGUUCAAUGAGUUUAUAAAUGAUUUGGAAAUAGUGGAUGUUCCAAUGAUAGGGAGGAAGUACACGUGGUGCAACUCACAAGAAGGGGAAAGAUGGAGCAAGUUGGAUGGAUUCUUAGUAAAUACAGAAUGGUUAGAAUGGUUUAGUUUUAAACUUUGGGGUUUGUCAAGGUUAUUAUCAGAUCAUUGCCCGAUAAUUUUAAUGGAAGAUGUUAGAGAUUUGGAGCCUAAGCCAUUUAGAUUUCUAUAUAUUUGGGUUCUCCAUCCUACUUUCAUGAACUUGUUAAAAUUAGUAUGGGAAAACACUCAUGUGGAUGAUUGGGCUAGGUUCAGAUUAAAGACCAAAUUGAAAUCAUUGAAAAAAGCACUGAAAGUUUGGAAUAUUAAAGUUUUUGAGAAUGUUAAUUUCAAGCUCAAAGAAGUAGAUGAGGAAAUGCAGGCUCUAGACCUAGUUGCUGAGGUGAGACCACUGCAGGAUCCUGAAUUAAUAAGAAGACGGGAGGUUAAAGGGGAGUUAUGA